AGGGGCUUAGGGAGACCCCGUCACCCAUCUUCAUCCCUGUGACACAAACCUCUAUUCCUGUCAUAACCAAGAGGAAACUGCAGCACAGAGAGAUUAAAACCAAGACUCAGGAAAGCCAGCAGCCUUAUGCUAGUGUCUCUGACAUGAUGUUCUGAAUCUGAGGUGUUGGCCACUGCAGCACCUAUCAGAGACCAGUUUGGAAAUGCUGGCUUAGGCGAGAAACAACCAUGUUCUUCUUAUUCCAGACCCAGCAGAGCCCAGCACAGAGCGGUCCUGGCUGUGUGAGAAGCUCUGUUGGUGCAGGCAAUGGAAGAAUGCCAACUCGCAGCAGCUGAGGAUCUGGUUCCUCUUAUGUUCUGUUCUAUUUGUGCAUGGACUAUGCUGAAACCUGCCAGCGAUAGCUAAUAGCUGUCCUUGGCUCUAGAGCAGCCAUCAGACUUGGACAGUGCCCAGCCUGAAGAUCAAACUUCCAUCACCAGGAUGACAACUGGGAAAGGAGGGUGGUGGGAAAGAUCAUCUGCCCCCAGCUCUACCUUUGUAAGCCAUGGGCCCUGGGCCACACUUGUGCUCAGCCUCCCCAAUCUGGCCCUCUGCAACCUGGACCAGAAAGGGCUUGGGCACAGAAAUACCCUCAUCUGGACGUGGAACUGGUUGUCUAAGCCAUGUCAGAAACCUUUCACACAGGGCUGUUAGGUCUGCAGAGCUAGGUCUCUGGGCUUGGGAAUCCUUCAGCACAGUCAAGACCCUGAAAGCAUGAACAAGAGCCCCCAUUCCUACUUGACCAGAUUUUGAGCUGGCUAACUUUAACCUAGCCUAACUUUAUUCAGAGGAGCAAUGCACGGCAGCACAGUGUGUGGUCCAUACAAAAGGGGUCUUAUCCAAAGGCUUUAACAUCCAAGUUCCAGUGGUUUUCCAAAACUGACACUGCAUUGAGAUGAAGGCCUAGCCCAUUUUGUUUCCAAAAUUCAGGAGCUGUUUGAGAUCUAGGGCCAUACUUUGCAAAGCCCUUGGGCCUGCUUCGUUCCUUUCACUUAGACUCUUUUUCCACUUUUUGUUUCCUUGGUGGUGGCUUUUUUAAAAAAGUGAAUUAUCGUCAUGGAGAUUUUCCCUGAAUAGCACAAAUUGAUGAUUCUCUCUGAGCAGCUGCUCGGUCUGCCCAAUAUCCGCUCAACAAUUCCUUCCCUUUCCCUCCUGGGCUGUAGCUGCUGCUGCUGUUUUGGCACUCAGAUUUCAAAUUUGUGAUUGUUGUGCCCAAGCGUCCACUACACCUGAGCUCCACUGUGGCAGAAACCAGUGUGGUUCCUAUGAAGAAAAACCAUCAGCAAUGAAGCUACAGGAUAGGUCUCACAUGUGGGUCCUUGAUACAAAGGGCAGCUCUCUGCUUCUGUAGCUGAUGGGUGAGGAUAACAGCUUGGUAAAAGGAAAUACCAAGAGCUGGCAGGAUGAGUUACAGCUCACCCUCUGUGCAUGACUUGUAUCACAGCACCACCACCACGGCCAGGCCAGACCCCGGGACAACUCUGGAUGUGACUGUACCAGAAACAGCUACCGUAAGCCCUGAGACCACCAGUUUCAACAGCACCAAAAUCCCAGAUGUCACCAGCACUGGACCCAGCAUGAGCACAAUGCUGCUGUCCUUUGGGAUCAUUACUGUGAUUGGGUUGGCUGUAGCUAUGGUUCUGUAUAUCAGGAAGAGGAAGAGGUUGGAGAAGCUACGGCACCAGCUCAUGCCCAUGUACAACUUUGAUCCCACCGAGGAACAGGAUGAAUUGGAGCAGGAGCUGCUGGAACAUGGGCGAGAUGCAGCAUCUUCUCAGGCAUCACAGAGUAAGGGCUGCAGGAGAGAGAGAGUGCGAAGGGGUCUCUGGCCACCUUGGCAUGCUGCAGUGCGGCAUCCGGGCUGUCCUCAGCAGAGCCUUUUGGUGGCCACCAGCACAGCAGCCAGAGGCCAGCAGCAGAGCCUGCAUGCAAGUAUCAGUGCCCAGCCACGUGCUGAUCACCUCCUGAUUUUUUUUCAGUACAUGCAUUUGUCAGUCAGAUCAUAUUCCAUCCACAGCACAAGUCAAAAGGGAAUCAGGGCAAGCCAAAAUUUGGAUGCAGAUCUAAAGGUAGGCUUUAUGCAAGGAGUUACUUGUGUAUCACUGAGUGGCAAUUCAGGUAUCAUGUGCUUUGUUGCAAGCUUGGACCUGCCAGUUAGUUUUUGUUCUCCAAAAUAUUUUCUUUUUUUUUUUCCUUUCCCCACUGUGAUUUUUUUUUUGAUAUUCAUUAAAUGCAGACUCUUUGCUGGGCAUGUGCCACUGACCCCUGCAGUGCAUAGCUCCUUACCAGCCCUCCCUCCCUCCUUCACUGGCACAGCUUCCCUCAUGGCAGUUUUGCAGGGCUAAGUUGCUUUCAUUUUUCAGUAUCCCUCUUUCUUUUUAGAGCCAGGGAGUUCUGGGAGUGUAUUAGGGCUAGGAGUGUCAUCACGUGUGGAAAACAGCCCAUCCUCCAUACCCAGGAGAUCUGGCAGGAGGCACUCCCGGGCUGCUGGUUGCUGCUGGUGUUUGCGCUCCAGAGAUACCGUUAGAAGAAAGGUGUGUGGGUACUAAUACUAAAUGUAGUCUGGCUUAGGUCCUUAGAAUUUGGACACUGUGGGUCUUCCCAGAGGUUAUGCCUAUGUGACCAGCUGAGAAGCAAAUACAUCAUCACCACCCCCCAUGCACACUUACCAUCUCCUCCAAGAGCUCGCCGAGGGCAGCCAGCCCCAGAGACAUCAGAUUUUGCUUUUCAGCAGCUGGCACAUCGCUGCCUGUCACGCUCCCAUGCUCUGCAGCAGGACAGGGAUGCAAGCAGCAGCAGGGAUGUGUGGCUGUCCUAAAUCACAAUGUUUCCCCUAGAACUCUUAGGAUUGGAACAUCAUUUGUUGUUUUAAACUCGAUAAAAGGCAACUGUAAGCUGAGCUGUUUCCUCAAACCAACAGCCUACUUCAUGCUCUUUACCCAACUCCGUGUGCUGCACAGGCAGCUUCCAAGCAGUGCAUCUGCCUGCUCAGGUGCAAAAACAUGCACCUUGUUCCACAUUGAUGCUGAGAUAUAUCUUGUAUAACAAACACACUUACAGAGGAAUUCUCUUUAACCGUUCUUCCUGUAAUGGUAGGCUUUGUCCUGUGAUGACUGCCCUUAGAUUAAAGAAGUACAGAGAAGACUAGAAGAAUAUUACGGGUAUUUGCUGGGCUUGUACUGGAGUAUUCUUUUAGUUCAAUAGCGCCUCCUCUCACAGUUCUUGGAAGUAUAUGUAUAAUUUAGCAGAAGUAUUAUGAUGUAAUUUAAUUCGUUUCUGUGUUUUAAGCAUUGAAAUAUAAUUAAACUAUUUACAUGAAAUCUAGUGUGAUUGUCUUCCCCCUCCCCAUCACUUGCAUUUU